AUGACACCCUUGCUUGGGAAGUUCUCGCAGGAUUUUCUCGCACAGUGCAAAGACAGCCGCACGUUCUUCGAGACCGAGGGUAACUCCAUCUACCCCGACCGGCCAGACCUCUUCUACCACCUCUUUGAGCCUCCCACCCCUGUUUCGUCUACCGUCCCCGUCUUUGCGCUCUCGUUUCUCCCUACCGCUCCGCCGUCGGUGCAGUCCGCGACGGUCAUCGGCUGGCUGCCGGCGAGCGCUCCAGGGGACAGCGAUGAGGCCGGGCUGAACGACUUUGUUGACAACCCCAGGUUCCGUGAGCUGUUGCACGAAACGAUCCAAUCCGGGCUCCGAGACGGCAUAGAUGACAUACAGAUUAACGGUGCGAUACAGACGCAGCAGGGAUGGAUGCACAUUCAUGACGAUCGCAACAUCCCUGCUCUCGGUCGGAUAGGCGACCCCGACGAUAUCCUUGCAUCUGUACGUGUUGAGGAGGGGAAGAUCCUGGCCGAGACGUACCAAGCGAUGCCAUCAUACCGCCUGUGCACAUCCGACGGUGUUCUUCAGUUGACAGAAGGGCUCGCACAGAGGUUGAGAGAAGUGCUGGAGGCUCGAGCUGCCAGAGAGGCUUGA